AUGGCUCAUCUAGAACCUCUCGAGCCUCUCUCGCGGGCCGACGAACAGAACGUCAAAAUUAGCACACAGAUCCCUCCAAGCAUCCCGCAACUUUUGAAGGUGUUUGAAGCACCACUCGCAUCGGUCCUCGAAAAAGCAGAAUCAAUCGAUCUUGCCAUCGCAGAUGUAAGCGCGCUGAGUCCCUGGCAAGGCGUUUUCGACCACGUCGAGGAGCGUGGAUCCGAUUUGAUAUUGUGGACAUUGUCUGUACCGACCGUGAUAGUCGAGAGUGGUAGAUGCGAGGUGCGCUUGCUUGUGAGACGAGAAUUGCCGAGACCGGGCCACUAA